UUAAUGUGCCCUAACUGCAGGGCUGGCUCCCUACAUAGUGAAGCAGUUUUCAGCUGGCUGCAGUGGUUACUACGGAUGUCUCUAGGUUCAUGCAGUGUUUUACUAGAAAGGCAAAAGAUAGAGGAGCAUAGCAGCAGACAGCAGUGGAUGUGAGUAAGUCGUCAGCACCAUAGUCACCAUUAAUCACCCGGGGCCAUUGGUCCUGUCCUGUAUACGGCGCCAGUGAGAACAGGCAGGCAGACAGAGAGGAAGAGGCAGAGGAGGGGGAAGAGAGGGGGCAGGGUGGCUGCAAGGAGAAAGAGGGGAAGAGAAUGGUUGGGGAUCAUCCUGUGUGUCAACCUCAGCUCCUGGUGCGGGGCUGGGGAGCAGUGCUGCUGUCUCAGUGCUUGUCCUCCGUGUUCUCCCAGAUCCCAGAUCCUGAGCUUUUACCCACAAAUCCUCCAAAGAAGCCGGAUCCUAUUACCUCAGAGACUGUUGUUUUCUGGGGCUUGAGGUUAUGGCAGGUCAUCGGCAUCUUUGCAGUGUUUAUUUUAGCAAUUGUUAUCACUUUGUGUUGUAUAUUCAAAUGUCGAAUCCCGAGGACCAAAAAGGAAAUAGAGGCACGCCACGCACAAAGACUGGCCGCCAAGAAAUACGCCAACACAUUAGAGACAGUGCCACCUCUGAAUGAGUUGACUGAAAUGCCAGGAUCUGCAAAAGCAGAGGAAACUGAGGAGGUGACAACAGUCUCUGGAAAAGUGGAUGCUAAUAAAGGAGAGAAGAGGGCCAAGGAGGGCAAGAAAGAGGGAAAGGGUGCCAAAGAAGGUAAAGGAGAUGAAAAGGAUGCAUCAACAAAGAGGAAGGGUGAAAAAGGAGCAUCCAAGAAAGAAGACAGUGAAGGAAAAGGGAAGAAAUCUGGAGAGAAAGGCGACAAAAGAGAUAAAGGAGACAGUGGAAGCAAAAGAGGGGGAGCCAAGAGAGCUCAGAGGUGAACUCUGCCUGAUCAUUUCACAUUUUUCUAAGUAUUUUUGGCAC